GUAACUUUGAAUGAACUUAGUAGUUGAACAAUCGCGAAGCGGACGCUGGAGUUAACGGCGAAAGGGAGACUAUUUGGAGGUUUUGUGAGAGAAUUUCCAAGAGUCAGCCUUGAAUUGUUUAAAAAACGUGACAGUGUUUUAGCAUCUCGCUGUCUGGGAUCUCGUUGCGUUUUCACUCAUCUACCAAAAACGUCUGAAAGGUGCCAAAAGGUAUCCACCUCAGAGACCGACUGUGAAGCCUGUGCGAUAUUCAGGCGGCAAAAAUGCAGUCCAGUAAGCUUAUCUAGGGGUCCAGCAGACCAGGUCUUCUCCAGCCCUCCAUCAGCCUUCAUCUCAGCCUCCCUCAAGUCCUCCCAGCGGCCCAUGCUUUGUGAGGCUUUGUCUGCCCUCCUCUUCAUGGAAACGAUGGUCCAGCUCCUCUGCUGAACCUCACCCCUCACCCCCCCCCCAACCCUCCCUCAGCGUCGCCAUGACGAGCCUGAAGCGUUCCCAGACGGAGCGCUCGGUCGGGGGUUCCGUCCCCGCCUCGGACGAGUUCUACACCCGCCGCCUGCGCCUGCCCAACGGCGGAGCCCCGCCCCCUCGCAGCGAGAGCGCCCACAUCUCCUCCUCCGCCGCCGCCGCCGCCGCCACGCCCGGCGUGCCCAAGAUGGGGGUGCGCGCCCGCGUCGCAGAUUGGCCCCCCAGGAAGGACGGGGGGGGCGGGCUGUGGCACAUCACCGUGGAGACGGACUCCCCCGGUUCCACCACCUCCUCCAACUCUGGAGGAAGUGGAGGAGGAGGAAGUGGUAGUUUGGGAGGAGGAGGAAGUGGUAGUUUGGGAGGAGGAGGAAGUGGAGGUGGAGAAAGGGAACGAGAGAAGGAAAGAGGCGGAGGGGGCGGCAGCGCGUCGACGGCCCAUAGCAACCUGUCGGCCAAGCUGGGUCACCUGAUCAGCCCGCAGGACUCGUCCAUGCUGAGGAACAUCCACAACACGCUGAAGAACAAGAUGCAGAGCAAGGGCAAGGACAACCGCUUCCUGUCCCCGGACGGCUACCUGGGCUCGCCGCGCAAGGGCAUGCGGCGCAUCCGCCAGCGCAGCAACAGCGACAUCACCAUCAGCGAGCUGGACGGCGACGGCAGCGAGGGCUGGUCCUUCUCGGGCUGGACGCCCAUGCACCGCGAGUACGGCAGCACGUCCUCCAUCGACAAGCACGGCGUGUCCGGGGAGAGCUUCUUCGACAUGCUGAAGGGCUACCACUCCACCGACAUCCCCGACCAGCGCAGCCCGGCCCCCGACAGGCUGGGGGAGAUGCUGACCGUGGCCCCUGUCAAGCAGGCUGCCCUGGACCUGCCCGACGGGCCCCUGGGUCCGGCCCGGGGCAGCCCAGCUAGCCGGCUGAAGGACCGGGAGAAGCACCUGAAGAGGAGAUCCAAGUCGGAGACGGGCGGCGAGUCCAUCUUCCGGAAGCUCCGCAGCGUGAAGGCGGAGGGCGACUCGUCGCGGGCGGGGUCGGACGCGGAAGACGGGUGCCGGGGGGAGGAGGCGGGGCCCCCGCCCAGGCCGUGGGCGUGCCAGAAGGGCUUCUCUCACUAUGACGUGCAGUCCCUCCUGUUCGACCUCAACGAGGUGGUGCAGAGCCGCCAGUCGGUGGUCAAGCGGAAGAACACGACCACGGGAGCCUCGGCCGCCGCCGCCGCCUCGGCCUCCGCCACUUCCUCCCUCUCGUCCAAUCAGAGCGGGAGCGGGUACGGCUCACCCUGCGGGUCCCAGGAGGAGCUGAACGCCAAGGAGGGGCCGGGACACGCCCCCAACCCCGCCCUGGACCCCGGCGACGAGAGGAGCAACGAGCUGCUGCUCAACUGCCCCUGCUUCCGGAACGAGAUCGGGGGGGAGGGGGACAGGAGCAUCUGUGCCUCCAAGCAGCAGGGCAGCAUCGGCAGCGGGGGCAGCUCGGGGGGGUCGUCGGGCUCGGAGGAGGCGGGGCCCCUGGAGGCCCUCCUCAGCACCCACUACACCAACGCCGGCGUGGCCGUGCUGGAGGCAGCCAAGGACGGGCCAGGCCUGCACGCCGACAGGACCAAGCGCUAUAUCAUGGAACAUGUGGACCUGGGCUCCUACUACUACAGGAAGGGCUUCUACCUGAGAGAGCACUGGACCUACCUGGGAGUGGACGAGACGCUGGGCCCAGUAGCAGUGAGCCUGCGCAGAGAGAAGCUGGAGGAGCACAAGGAACACGGCCAGCAGUACAACUACCGGGUCAUCUUCAGGACCAGCGAGCUGAACACCCUGCGUGGGUCCAUCCUGGAGGACGCGGUGCCCUCCACCUCCAAGCACGGCCUGGCGCGGGGCCUGCCUCUGAAGGAGGUGCUGGAGUACCUGGUGCCUGAGCUCAACGCUCACUGCCUGCGUCUGGCACUCAACACCCCCAAGGUCACAGAGCAGCUCAUGAAGCUGGACGAGCAGGGGCUGAGCUUCCAGCUCAAGGUUGGGGUGAUGUACUGUGCUGCGGGCCAGAGCAGCGAGGAGGAGAUGUACAACAACGAGGCAUCCGGCCCCGCCCUGGAGGAGUUCCUGCAGCUGCUGGGGGACAAGGUCCGUCUGAAGGGCUUCAGCAAGUACCGCGCCCAGCUGGACACCAAGACUGACUCCACAGGAACCCACUCCCUGUACACCUCCUACAAGGACUAUGAGAUCAUGUUCCACGUCUCCACCAUGCUGCCCUACACCCCCAACAACAAACAGCAGUUGCUGCGGAAGCGCCACAUUGGGAACGACAUCGUCACCAUCGUGUUCCAGGAGCCCGGGGCGCUGCCCUUCACGCCCAAAAACAUCCGCUCCCACUUCCAGCACGUGUUCGUGGUGGUGCGCGCGCACCACCCCUGCUCCGACAACACCAGCUACAGGUUGAUGUCGAGUUCGGGGGAGAUUGGCACCUGCCACCUCCUGACCUCCAGUCAAGAAGUGCUUGAACCUCUACGCUGUACACCUGCCAUCCAUGAGACCUCCCCCCAGCCAGGCCUGGAGACCUCUGUACACCUGUCAUCCAUGAGGCCUUCCUCCAGCCAGCCAGGCCUGGAGACCGCUGUACACCUGUCAUCCAUGAGGCCUUCCUCCAGCCAGCCAGGCCUGGAGACCGCUGUACACCUGUCAUCCAUGAGGCCUUCCUCCAGCCAGCCAGGCCUGGAGACCGCUGUACACCUGCCAUCCAUGAGGCCUUCCUCCAGCCAGCCAGGCCUGGAGACCGCUAGCUGUGUGUGUCUCUCUGGCUGUGUGGGUCUCUCUGGCUGUGUCUCUCUAGCUAUGUGUGUCUGUGUUUCAGACGCGCCCAUCUCCAAGCCUGGCCCCGGCUACUCCGGAGCUCCACGCAUCCAGAGGCAGGAGCAGGUCAUCCACCUGUCCCCCAAGAAGGGCAGCCAGUCUGACAGUCCGUACUCGGGCCACUCUAGCAGCAACACCCUGUCCAGCACAGCCUCCAGCGGGGGCCACAGCGACAGCGACAAGUGGUACGAUCUGGGGGCCGGGGGCCCGGGGGACCAGCCCGACACGGAGCCCAACGGCCUGGGAGGGGGCUACCUCCAGGGGGCCUCGGCCGACAGUGGCAUCGACACCAGCUCCUACGGAGCCUCCCACUCCCACGGCAGCUCCAGCUCCCUGCUGCCGCCGGGGGGCCGUGAGGCCCGCGAGAGGACUCCCUCCCCCUGGCACAGCCCCACCGAGGGGGGCCGCAGGGUGCUGGAGAGGUCGGCAGCCACCGCCGAGUCCCCGGGCCCCCCGGGGGAGAGGGGAGGCGAGGGGAAGGCCCGCAGCCCCCCCACACACCUGCUGGUGAGGGACAGCAGCACCUACAGUCUGAGUGAUGCCGGCUCCCACUCCAGCUCCAGACACUCCGGCCACAGCUCCCCCCGGGACGAGUCCUCGUCUUCGGCCACCUCGCCCUCGUCCCAGUCCUUCGGCUCCCCCGGGCCCAAGACCUUCUACCCCCGCCAGGGCGCUACUUCCAAGUACCUGAUUGGCUGGAGGAAGCCAGGCUCCACCAUCAACUCUGUCGACUUCGGAGACACAAGGAAGAAGUCUCCAGGGGAGGGGGGUGGAGAGGGCGGCCCGUCCCAGAGCAGGCCCUCUCUGAGGGACAUGCACUCCCCCCAGCCCCACGCCAAGUCCACCAUGGAGGACGACUCCCGCAGGCACAACGCCCCCGACAGCCCCCCUCACCCCCGCAGACACAAGGACAAGUCCUCCUCAUCGGGCAAGCCCCCCAGUCGUCGUUCGCUCCACAGGACCCUGUCAGACGAGAGUAUCUACCGGGGCCAGCGUCUCCCCAGCCUGGGGGACUCCAUGCUGGAGCAGGCCCUGGGCAGCGACGUGCUGUUCAGCUGCUCCACCGUGCCACGCUCGCCCACCACCCGGGGCGUGCCCCUCCGACGGCCCUCCUACAAGCUGGGGGUCAAGCUGCACGGUGACCUGUCUGCGUCCGACACGUCAUUGGCUGAAAUGGCAGAGAGGCACCGAGGGCCCCUCCCCCAGGAGCUGAUGCCCCUCCCCCCCAGUGAGAGGGACAGCCCCCUGGACUGGACCCUCCUCGUGGACGUGGCCAACACCUUUGAAAGUGAGAGAGGAGCUGUCCAGCGGGGGUUUGUGUUCAGCGACUCCAACCACAGAGGCAGUGGAGCUUCCAGCCCCCAGCAGCACAUAGAGCUGCAGCCCGCCCCUGUGUCCAGGCCCUCCUCAAGCGAAGGUCAUGUGGGUCUGGAGAGGAAGGUGACCAAACUGGAGGCCAUGGUCAAGAUGCUGCAGGACGAUCUGAAGAAGGAGAGGGAGGAGAAGAGCAGGCUGCAGGUCCAGAUCAAGAGGCUGUGGGAGGACAACCAGCGACUGCAGGACGAGUCCCAGAGCUCGGCCGCCAAGCUCAAGAAGUUCACCGAGUGGGUCUUCAACACCAUCGACAUGAACUGAGGCUCUCACACACACACACACACACACACCCUGAGGAGAGGAGAGAGGAGAGAGAGAGGGAGGAGAGAGGAACUGUUUUUGUUCUCUACCCAUCACGCCAGGGUCUGUUUCCCCAUUCAUUAACAGUCCCCAUGUCCUGCUUCACCUGAAGAACUAGUUCAAACACAUCCUUCCUUCCUGCCCCGAGGGAAGAUUCCCCCUCUGUCACACCCGACACCAGAGAGACCAAUCAGGAAAAGCCUCCCUCCCACAGCCUUGAGGGUGUGAUCUACCGCAAAACACUGCCCUGCGACCCUCCACCCCCCUCCUCUCUCCCCCCGUCCUCUCUCCCCCUCCCUCCCUCAGCCCUCCCCCUCGCUCUGAAGUCUCAGAGCCACCCUCUCCUCAAGACUUGAGGUCAGACGGAGGGAGGGAGGGAUGGCGGAGGAGGAGGGGACGGCCUUUCUUUUUCUUUGUCCCUAAGCCAGCUCCGAGGAUGCACUCUUCUAAAGGCACAACUGAGAAGCUGAACUGUAAAGAUUUUAAACUACUCUCCACAACUACACCACCUGUCUCACCUGUUUGCUCAGGAGCAAACAGGUGAGACAAACGCAGCCAGACAAACGCAGACAGACAGGUUUCGACAAGGGACAAGGCCAGCGUCCCCAGAACCAGACAGGCAUGCUGAGAGACAUUCCUCUAUCGUCCACGGGAACCAGCACGGCAUCCUGCUCGAUUCCCAUGGGAACAGACUAGAGCUGGUCCAGAGGAGGGCCAUCCCACUGUACAUACCACACGUUCACCACCCACCUCACUUUACAUUCCGCCCUAAUGAGGGACUGUUGGGCUUGUAUUCACCCUGAGCAGAGCUACAUCUGCAGGUAGUCCUCGACUUCAGAAGGAGGUCUGGGCUUGUACUGGAUCAUGUCCCCCCUUAGAGGGACGUCCUGGGGGCGUGGUCUCCCCCUACCUCCCCCCCUCCAGAGGGACGUCCUGGGGGCGUGGUCUCCCCCUACCUCCCCCCCUCCAGAGGG